AUGAUGAAGUCAGCAGCCAGCAUUUAUAGUAGAAUUUGUAAAGAACUGCAUGUGCCAACCACUGGGACCAGUGAAAAGGCUUGUUAUAACGCCCUCGAGAAAUAUUUGUUUAAGAAACAUAAAAUGAUAAUACUAGUUCUAGAUGAAAUAGACCAGCUGGACAGUAAGCGUCAGUGUGUGUUGUACACGUUGUUCGAGUGGGGGGCGCUGCCUUCACGCAUGGUUCUUGUUGGAGUGGCCAACGCUCUGGACCUCACUCAGCGCGCCCUCCCACGCCUACAAGCAGGCCUGAGACCGACUACCAUGCAUUUCCCUCCAUAUACUAAGGAACAGAUCAUUAAUAUAUUCACCAGCACACUCGCUGAUGAUAUGAAGAAUAUGUUUUCGCCUGUCGCCCUCCAGAUGUUGGCUGCCAAAAUUGCUGCAGUGUCCGGGGACAUGAGACGUGCUUUAGAUAUAGGACGUAGAGUGAUCGACUUGGCGAGACGAAGUAAAUUUUCUGAAAACCGUUCAAUUGACGAUAUGAUGAAAGAUUCAUCUGUGACGGUCGAACUUAAACAAGUCCUGGAAGUGUUGAACGACGUGUAUGGAUGUUCGAGGAAAAUUGACAACGAUGUGGACGAAGGACUUCCUAUGCAGCAAAAACUAAUAUUAUGCAGCCUCAUGCUGAUGUUGAGCAAAGGAAGAAACAAAGAAAUCAUCAUGGGAAAGUUGCACGAAGUUUAUAAAAGAGUUGCGGAGACUCGUAAUAUAGCGCCUCUGGAGUUGAGCGAGAUGUGUAGUGCUGUGUCGCUGUUGGAAGCGCUGGGAGCGGUCACGGUGGAGGAGGGGGCGCGGGGCGGACAGCGGGGAGGGGGCGGCGGGUCAGGUUACGCUGGCACGAGGACGAACUGGCCGCUGCUUUGA